CAGCAUUAUUGCUUGUUUGGGAGAUGUCACCAUGGCGGAUAGAGUUGGCGGACUUUAUGGACAUCAAAAUGAGAAAAAGAUUAGGUUUAGAACUAGCUCAAGAGUUCACUACAGCAACGAAAACAAAGUGGAAGAUUUGUUCAACGAAGCUGACCUGAGGAAUAGUUGGGACAGACAAGAUAUGAUGCGUGAUCCGGAUAAUCCUCGACCUAGGAUAGACUUGCAGAGAAAACCAUCUCUAUUUGAAUUUCUGCGUGUAGAGCUGACACGUAGCUAUCUACUUGAGCACGAUGAAGAACGAUACUCUGCACGUCGAGAAAAAGUCUAUUCUUUUAUGAAAAUACCCAGAGAAGUUGAGAAGUUUAUGACCUAUGGGUUCUUUCAGUGUGCAGAUUCCUUCUUGUUUGUUUACACAUUUCUGCCUAUGAGAUUCAUCAUGGCCCUCAUAUCACUUAUAACAAGACCUCUUCAAGUUUGCUUUGGAGCUCAAAGACCUUUACGAUCCAGAGGGGUCUUGGCCCCUGCUGAAAUAUGUGAUAUUUUGAAGGCCUUCAUUUUGAUAACUUGUAGCAUGCUGAUGUUUUACAUCGAUACAAGUAUGAUGUAUCAUCUCAUCAAAAGUCAGUCAGUAAUCAAGUUGUAUAUUUUUUACAAUAUGCUUGAGGUUGGUGAUCGUCUUUUCUCAGCAUUUGGUCAGGAUACCAUUGAUGCUUUGUUUUGGACAGCAACAGAACCAAGGGAUCGAAGAAGAGAGCACUUGGGGGUUAUCCCUCAUUUAUUUUUUGCAGUGGCUUAUGUCUUCCUCCAUAGUCUUCUGGUCUUGUGCCAAGCUACAACUUUGAAUGUUGCCAUAAAUUCUAACAACAAGGCUCUCAUGACAAUAAUGAUGUCCAAUAAUUUUGUUGAACUUAAAGGCAGUGUUUUUAAAAAGUUUGACAAAAACAAUCUUUUCCAAGUUUCGUGCAGUGAUGUAAGAGAAAGGUUUCAUCUGUUUGUUCUCUUGUUUAUUGUUGUUCUACAAACCAUGAGAGAAUAUUCCUGGAAGGAAGAACGUCUCUGGGUCUUAGUGCCGGACUGUUUAUUGGUAUUGGUUGCUGAGGUGCUUGUAGACUGGAUCAAACAUGCUUUCAUAACUCGGUUCAAUGAGUUGAAAGUUGAUGUUUAUCGGGAUUACACUAUCAGUCUGGCUUAUGACAUGGCCCAGACAAGACAGAAACACGCAUUUUCUGACCAUUCGGACUUGGUUGCCCGUCGGAUGGGUUUCAUACCAUUGCCACUUGGUGUAGUCAUGGUGCGAGUGUUAGCACAGGCCUUGAAUAUUGAAUCACCCGCUUCUGUCAGUCUGCUCAUUCUUGGAUACCUAUGUGUGACAUCAUUUCGGAUACUGAUCUCUGUUGUUAUACUUGGAAAGGCUUGCGAUCUUAUAAACCAACAUAGACUUGACAAAGCUCAAAGAACAGGUGACAUGACUCCUCCAUGGAACCGGGCUAGCAGCCCCACAAGUCACAGUCAUAUUGGUAAUGGAGGACGAGAUAGAUCAGUCGCCCGUCAACUUGUCUUGACACCUACAUCCCCACAGCAAUCUGUUCCUUCAACUCCAGCUCCUCUCUCUCCUGAAACCUAUCAUUCACCUGUACCUAUUGCUGGUCGUUUAGAAAAAAACAGUCAAGAACCUGUGAGGAAGGUUUCAAAUGUGGAUACAAAUGCAACAAAUCUUGGACCAGCUGCCAUUUUCUCAAAUAGUGCGGUUGACAUAAGCAAUGUCUGCUUGAAUGAAGAGCUCAGUGAUGAUGGUCCUGCACCUGGGAUGAAACCUAUUUUUGAGGCAGAGGCAUUGACCCGAAGUGAGCCAAACGUAAAUAAGGAGGAAGACAAUGAUGAUGAUUCUCCUCUUGACAUCGCCUUGAGUGAUUCACUUGCCAGGCGAGCAGAGUCUGAGCCGUCUAUUCCUCUGGCAAUCGAAGCAGAUGAAGCUCCCCAAGUUUCUGCCCCCACAAUGUCAAGUGCCACCCAACCUGAUUCUUCUGUAGGCUUACCCCACCAUCACUCUUUUGUUUGCUCUGAAUAAAUGUCCUUAUGUCAUUACAGCAUAUGUAGUACCAUAAAUGGGUCCAUUAAAAAUAUGCGCCUAUUCAAAAAUAUAAAUUUGUUCCCUAAAGGAUAAAACAGAGGUGAGCUAAGUUAAAGAUAUUUUUCUGGGAAAGCAAAGAGAGAAUGAAAAAGUCUUCAUAAAUGAUAUGAGUUGUGUAUAUCUGACUGUGAUUUUGAUGUAGUCUUCAUUUUUGUUGUUUUGUAAGGUUGUCUUCUGCUACUAAUUGUUAUGGAAUCUUACUCUUAAUCGUGAAUGAAAGUACAUAUAAAGCCAUACACCUGUCUUAAAAUAAUUUUCAUGUGUUGUUUAUAACUGGAUCUUGUAGGGUCUUGUGUGUUCUAGAGGUGAUUACAAUUUUCCCCCUUUUGUAAACUGGAAACUAAUGAGAACUCUUUAUGUAAAUCACUCCCUGGUUGUGUUCUGUGAGGCUUUCUACCCGUCACUCUUACUAGUAUUUUCUGGUGAUCUCUUAUUUAAGGUGACAUGCAAUCUCUUAAGAACUGAAUGAUGCUGCUGCUAAUAAAGAUUUAAAGAAAGUAGAAGUGCUUUAGAAAUGGCGUAAUUAUAGCCUAAUAUUUUUUUACUGUGUGCUUUAGAUAUGGGCCCAAAAGAGGCAAAGAAUUACGGUAUCUCGAUUCUUGUAGGUUUUCGAUCCAUGUUUUAAAUUUAUUUGACUUUGUUGUGAUUUAACUCUUAUUUUUUUAGUACAUACACUAGUUUGAACUUUAUGGGUGACAUUUGAAUGUGAGCCAUUGUUUUAAAUCCACAAGCCGGUAAUAAAUGCAAGAUUUGACAUUCA